AUGAGUGGAGGCCGUAAAAAAUCCAAUGAGGAUACGCUCUUUGACGUUGACUUCCUAGAUGAUAAUUUCACGUCCGCUCAAGGUGGAAACGUUGGCUCUGAGACUAACCAAACUCCCGUUAUAGAUAGGGAUUUUGACCUCUUGGAUGCUAUCCAGCAGAGAAAUCUACCCGAGGAAACAAUUGACUUUGACAGAGAUUCAUUCAACAUAUCUGGACAAGAUGAUAUUGAAAAUGAUAUAAACCAAAAUCCCUUUCUUGAUGAACAGGACGUUCAAAGGGAAAACCUGCACACUUCAGCGCAAUACCCUCAACCUUCGGGAUUCAGAAAGUUUUGGAGCAAUCUAAGUAAUGGCUUUUCCAGAAGGAAUAACGUCGCUACGCCGUAUCAAAGCUUUGAAAUGCAUAGUUAUGAUGAUGUUGGAAAUGAUGCGCGCUACGUUAAAUCAAGAAAUAAGUUUGAUAUCAAAAUUCUAUUCAACCGCUACGUGCUUCGCAAGAAAGAUACUGACCUCGAUGACGUGUCAGCACCCCGUUUAAUUCACAUAAAUGACGAUGCGUCCAACAGUGCACUGAAUUACGGCGAUAACCAUAUUUCCACCACAAAGUAUAAUGCUGCUACAUUUUUGCCCAAAUUUCUCUUCCAAGAGUUUUCUAAGUACGCAAAUCUUUUCUUUCUUUUCACUUCUAUCAUACAACAGGUUCCGAAUGUCACACCUACAAAUAGAUUUACAACCAUUGGUACUUUGUUGAUUGUAUUAAUUGUUUCUGCUGUUAAGGAAAGUGUUGAAGACAUCAAGAGAGCAAAUUCAGACAAAGAAUUGAAUUACUCUAAAUCAGAAGUAUAUUCACAAGAAAGCCAAUCAUUUAUUACCAGAAAGUGGGUUGAUUUAUCUGUUGGAGACAUAAUUAAAGUUAAAUCAGAAGAGGCUAUUCCCGCUGAUUUGAUUGUUAUCUCUUCAUCUGAACCUGAAGGUUUAUGCUACAUAGAAACAGCGAAUCUUGACGGGGAAACGAAUUUAAAAAUCAAGCAAGCAAGGGUCGAAACUUCCGGUGCUAUUGAUACAAGUGAUUUGGCCCGAAUGAAGGGAAAGAUAUUAUCGGAGCAACCAAAUUCGAGUCUAUACACUUAUGAGGGAACGAUGACACUCAAUGGGAAAGAAAUUCCUUUAUCACCAGAACAAAUGAUAUUAAGAGGCGCCACGUUGAGAAAUACAGCAUGGAUCUAUGGUAUUGUGAUUUUCACCGGACAUGAGACAAAACUGAUGAGAAACGCAACGGCCACCCCAAUCAAAAGGACUGCAGUUGAACGGGUUAUUAACCUGCAGAUUGUCGCUCUUUUUGGUGUCCUAAUUGUGUUGGCUUUAAUAUCAUCAAUUGGGAAUGUUAUAAUGGUCACUGCAGACACUAAGCAUCUCUCUUACUUGUAUUUACAGGGAACAAACAAGGUUGGCUUAUUUUUCAAAGAUAUCCUAACUUAUUGGAUUCUAUUUUCUAAUUUAGUUCCCAUUUCUCUUUUUGUUACGGUCGAAAUGAUCAAGUAUUACCAGGCUUACAUGAUUAGUUCCGAUCUGGAAUUAUAUGAUGAAAAUUCCAAAACGCCGACAGUUGUCCGUACUUCUUCUCUAGUCGAAGAACUCGGUCAAAUUGAGUACAUAUUCAGUGAUAAAACUGGAACUCUGACAAGAAAUAUCAUGGAGUUCAGAUCAUGUUCCAUCGCGGGUAGAUGCUACAUUGGUACUAUUCCCGAGGACAGAAGUGCCCGAAUGGAAGAUGGCAUUGAAGUUGGUUUCAGAACAUUCGAAGAAAUGAACAGGAAACUUCAUGAUAAGGGAGACGAAGAUUCCCUUGUGAUCAAUAACUUUCUAAGUCUGCUGGCUACUUGUCAUACAGUUAUUCCUGAGUUUCAAGAUGACGGAUCUAUAAAGUAUCAAGCAGCUUCUCCUGACGAAGGUGCACUGGUUCAAGGUGCCUCAGAUUUAGGUUACAAGUUCAUCAUUCGUAAACCAAAUUCUGUAACCUACGUUUUAGAAGAUUCUGGCGAGGAAAUCGAAUGUCAAUUGUUAAAUAUUUGUGAAUUUAAUUCAACGAGGAAGAGAAUGAGUGCAAUUAUCAGGAUGCCAGAUGGAACCAUCAAGUUGUUCUGUAAGGGCGCGGAUACUGUUAUUUUGGAAAGACUUAGUGUUCAGGGAAAUCCGUACGUUGAAGCAACUACAAGGCAUUUAGAAGAUUACGCGGCAGAAGGGUUAAGAACUUUAUGCUUGGCUACUCGAGUAAUCCCUGAGGACGAAUAUCAAGAGUGGAAAAAAAUCUAUGAUACUGCUGCGACAACCUUGGAUAAUAGAUCUGCAGAACUUGACAAAGCUGCUGAGCUGAUCGAGCGUGAUCUCUUUUUGCUUGGUGCAACUGCCAUUGAAGACAAACUACAAGAUGGCGUACCAGAAACAAUUCAUACUUUACAAGAAGCAGGUGUGAAAAUCUGGGUGUUAACGGGAGAUCGACAAGAAACUGCCGUUAACAUCGGCAUGAGCUGUCGGUUGUUGAGUGAAGACAUGAAUUUAUUAAUUGUCAAUGAGGAGACAAAGGAAGCCACCAGAAAAAAUUUAAUUGAAAAGCUGAGGGCCAUCAAUGAGCAUCAAAUUUCGCAACAAGAUAUGAAUAGUCUUGCCUUCGUAAUUGAUGGAAAGUCGUUAGGAUUUGCAUUAGAGCCAGAUCUUGAAGAUUAUUUUCUGGCCAUUGGCAGGAUAUGUAAGGCAGUAAUUUGCUGUCGGGUUUCUCCGUUGCAAAAAGCUUUGGUCGUGAAGAUGGUCAAGAGGAAAACCUCGUCCCUUUUACUUGCUAUCGGUGAUGGUGCCAACGAUGUAAGCAUGAUCCAGGCGGCUCAUGUAGGUGUUGGAAUUAGUGGUAUGGAAGGUAUGCAAGCUGCUCGUUCUGCCGAUUUUGCUAUCGCGCAAUUCAAGUUCUUGAAAAAGUUAUUAUUGGUUCAUGGGUCAUGGUCCUAUCAUAGAAUAUCACAGGCGAUCUUGUAUUCCUUUUACAAAAAUAUCGCAUUGUACAUGACUCAAUUCUGGUACGUUUUUGCAAACGCUUUCUCUGGACAGUCAAUUAUGGAAUCUUGGACUAUGACUUUCUAUAAUGUGUUUUUCACCGUACUGCCUCCAUUUGUGAUGGGCGUAUUUGAUCAAUUUGUCAGCAGUAGACUAUUAGAUCGCUAUCCACAACUCUACAAAUUGGGGCAAAGGGGUCAAUUCUUUUCGGUAACUAUCUUUUGGGGCUGGGUGAUCAACGGCUUUUACCAUUCCGCUGUGACUUUCGUGGGAUCAAUCUUAUUUUACCGCAACGGCAAUGUUUUAAAUAUGCAUGGCGAGACUGCUGAUCAUUGGACUUGGGGGGUUGCGAUUUAUACCACAAGCGUCAUUAUCGUACUUGCAAAGGCAGCCUUGAUAACGAAUCAAUGGACAAAAUUUACCGUUUUAGCGAUUCCAGGUUCUUUGAUUUUCUGGCUCGUGUUCUUCCCUAUCUAUGCAAGCAUUUUCCCUCACAUCAAUGUUUCAAAAGAAUAUUUUGGUGUUGUAGCUCAUACAUAUCGGUCUGGAACAUUUUGGCUAAUGUGUUUGGUACUGCCUAUGUUUGCUCUUUUGAGAGAUUUUGUAUGGAAAUAUUAUAAACGAACAUACACUCCAGAAAGCUACCAUGUUGUCCAGGAAAUGCAGAAGUAUAAUAUAGGGGACUACAGGCCUCGCGUAGAGCAAUUCCAAAAAGCCAUACGUCGUGUUCGUCAAGUUCAGAGAAUGAAGAAGCAAAGAGGGUUUGCUUUCUCUCAAAGUGAAGAAGGUGGCCAGGACAAAAUCAUAAGAAUGUAUGAUACUACAUUAGGCAGAGGAGCCCACGGUGAGUUGCACGACGCUUCCGCAAAUCCGUUCAAUCAAGAACUAGCCAACCCCUUUGAAGACAACAAAAAUAUUAUUUAG